UGCUGGGUCUAAGUUGUUGGGGGGGUAGUAGCCAGCAGCAGCAACCAACGCGCAUCUCCCGUCGGCGAAACGGAAAACGCAACGUGAUAAACAAAUAACUCACAGGAACACUCGGUCUGUAUCUAACUUUGGAUAAAUUUGUCGUUUAUACUGGUGAGGAGGUCGCGAUACAUACUAAGGGACCUCUGUGGAAGUAGCAGUGAUGUCUCAGGACAAGAGCGGCUACCCUGGAAUGGGGGAGUGCAACCCCCUCCACAACAACGUCUACGGCCAGCCCAACCCUACUGCACCGUUUGGGGCGCCUCCACCAAACUACAUGGGGUCCCCUGGGGCACCUGGAUACCCAGCCCCAGGACCCUACGCCCAGCCAGGCUUUCCCCAAGCCGCCCCCUACCCUCAGAUGCCCUAUCCACAGAUGCCCUACCCACAGCAGCCCUACCCAGGGCCAGGGUACGGACAGGUCCCACCACAGCCUGCCUUUGUCCCCAACCCCAAUGCACCCAUGAUGGACAGCCCUGGUUACCAUGGCGAGAACGGGCCUCCCUCAUACUAUGACAACGAGGAGUUCACCAACUCGGGCUUUGAGGAUAAGACCAUCCGCCAGGCCUUCAUCAGAAAGGUGUUCUUGGUCCUGACCGUGCAGCUUCUGGUCACCUUCUCCUUCGUGGCCGUCUUCACCUUCCAUCAAGAUGCCAAGAUAUUUGUGCGCCGCAACCCAUGGACGUAUUAUGUGUCCUACGCCAUCUUCUUCGUGUCCCUGAUUGUGCUGAGCUGCUGUGGAGAGUUCCGCCGCAAACACCCAUGGAACCUGAUAGCCCUGUCUAUCCUGACUCUGAGCCUGUCCUACAUGGUGGGGAUGAUCGCUAGCUUCUACGACACCGACUCUGUGAUCAUGGCUGUGGGCAUCACCGCAGUGGUCUGCUUCUCAGUGGUGCUGUUCUCUCUCCAGAGCAAGUACGACUUCACUUCCUGCCGCGGGGUUCUGUUCGUGUGUCUGAUCGUGCUGCUGCUCUUCUCCAUCCUCUGCAUGUUCAUCCGCCACAAGAUCCUGCACAUUGUCUACGCCUCGCUCGGCGCGCUGCUCUUCACCUGCUUCCUGGCCGUGGACACGCAGCUGCUGCUGGGCAACAAGCAGCUGUCUCUAAGCCCAGAGGAGUACAUCUUUGCCGCCCUGAACCUCUACACUGACAUCAUCAACAUCUUCCUCUACAUCCUGGCCAUCGUAGGCCGCUCGAGGGAGUAAGCGCUUGGCGCCCCUCAGUGGAGAGGAGGAGAAGCGCGUGUGCGGUGUGGAAGGAAGGGGAAAUAAAAUCAAGCGAAUGGUUGUUGUUUCUUCUCUCCCUCUCCCUCUAUCUCUCUCUCUGUCUCUCUCUAUCCUGUCGUCACAACUUUUCCAAAGAACCCUGCACCUCCGCCUUCAUUUUCCAUCCUCCCUCCGCCCGCCAGUAAGAGUAGGCGUGAUUGGCUGAAUGAUUGACUGACAGACAGACCAACCAAUGAGAGCCUCUCUGCCCUGUGGAGAGCAGAUGAGAAGUGCAAGUUUUUAAAUCCUUAUUAUUUAACCACUUAAAUCAGUCUGAGACCCCUGGCCACAGACUCUUUAUCCGUGUAAGGUUUUGUUGAAACUCUGCACCAUGCUGUGCUCCAUGCUGUACAGUUCGCUUCUUGCGCUGGAGACGCCGACCUCUUGUCAGAGAAGCCGGAGGGAUGCAUGUUUGAGCUCAGCACUCUGAAGGCUGCAGAUGGAACAGAUAACACACCAAAACGGGUGUAAUUCUUUGUAAAAAAAUGGAAAAAUCAGACCCGUUAAUUCACUCUUGCACCACAUGUUGCCCUUCUGUAAGCCUUCAGUGUAACCUCCUGUGCAUGCUGAUUGCAACACUGCUCAGAUAGACAGACGGACAGACCGAUCUGAGGACAGACUUCCUCUGCUUCUUGCUAAGCUGUAAAUAGCACAUCACUUUUCAACCCUCUGCUCUCCUCCUCUCUCCUUUCUUCCCUUUUUUCCCGUCCGCUCUCUUUUAUCUCUCUCUCUCUCUCUCUCUCUCUCUGUGCAUGCCUGCUCUCCAUGUGCAACCCCGACCCAGUGGUGCUACAUGGGAAAUAUAACAGAAUGUGCAGACAUCACUGUAUAAGUAACCAAUCACUCUGUUUGGAACAACAGUAGACAACAUAGAGAAGAGAAAAUAAUAUAAGAGAAUCUACACCGGUAGAGCUAGACAUUUGUACUCCUAAAUAGACACUGAUCUCGAGGAAAAGGCCUUUUAAAUAACACUCCCAGCACAGGCGUGAGGGAGAAGGUUGCGGUUUCGUUUUGGUGAUUGACCAGAAAUUUGCCGUUUUUAAAAGGCCUGUUACACUUGUGUUCCGUAUUUGAUAUUUGCUUUCUCCUUUUUCGUCAGAAUCACUGAAAUGUUCCCACUAUCCCCCUCCUGUCAUCCGCCUGUCGCUCCCCCCCCCCCCCUGCUGCUUCUCUGUAUCUCUUUUGUCCUCUGUCUCUUUUAACGUAGCGGUCUUAGUGUUGUGUUUUUUGAGACUAAUGUGAAAGUUUGAAAAGUAUUGAAAGUAUUAUUAAUUUGUUUUUGUUUAGUUUUUAACCAAGCACUCUGAGGGGUUCGGAAGUUAUGUACAUGAGGCAUUUUAACAUGUUAACAAGCAUUGGACACUUCUCCAAUGUGUGUAGUUGUAAUUAUAUUUGACAUAUUUAUUGCAGAGACUGUAUAGGCUAGGCUGGAAUUGGGCAAAUGUAUUGGUUGGUUAUUUCUCUCUCUUUCUUUCUCUCUUUCUUUCUCUCUCUCUCUGUAAACUUUGUAGUGGUUUCAGGCUGCUUUCACAAGAUUAGCAUAGAGCAUUAUCAUCGCAAACAAUCUGACUUCUAGAAGUAAUGAGAUGCUAUCAAAAUCCGGAAACAUCAUGUGUCAAUACGAUACAGUUAGCUACAUUUUAUUUAGGCUUACCGUUGUCUUGUACCCUUGGAAGUUAACAUAUUUGAAGUCAAAUUAAUUGCCUACGUAUUACCGCUGUGAGUGGUGUAGAAUUUAUUAAAUACAUUUCUAUUAAAUGCAUCCAAAGCUGGAGGAAGCAUUGAUUUGGCCACAGAUGCAUUUCAAUGAAAACUUGUUAUAAUUCCAUACAAAUGUUUUAGCAUGAAAGAGAGAGAGAGAGAGAGAGAGAGAGAGAUGGACAGACUAAUGUAUUUGUGCUGUAAAUCUAAUAAAUGGUGGAUUGAAUGUUCAUUUCUUAAUAAAGGAUCUACAGGAAAAUGGUAACCAAAAAAAAAAGACUGCUUCCUCUCAACUAACCUGCAUGUGGUGCUGGUGUGUGCUGAAACUGCUGUUGCUGGGAGACGCCUCUCGAGAAAGCCCCUCCUGCCUCCCAUGUUUUAGUUCUGAUCUGCAACCCUCUUUUAGACCUCUGAUUUCUCUGUUUGUGUUUGUAACUAACUAACUAACUGUCCGUAAAGCCUCUGUAGUGGACUGAGUGUAUAGGGUGAGCUUUGGCCUUUGUAGUUCUGUUUGCACUGUACAUUUGCAUUAAACUGAACUGGGAUUGUAUUCCUCUUCACUGCUGUAUGCUUUACAUUAAAACAAGAAACAAAACAGAAA